UACUGAAGAUUAGAUAAAAUUAGAUAAAAUCAUGCUCAGUCAUACAAAUCAAAUCAUCCUUUAGAAGUUCUUCUGUAUUGUUAACCUACUUUAUUUACUAUUAAAUAUUAUUCCUAGUACCCAGCUCAGAAUCAAAAAUUUUCAGUAAUGAUCAGUAGAAGAAUGUCUUCCUCCCCUUUACCUCCUCAGCUGACCAGUUCUUGUGGACCCCUGCUCUGGGUACCUGGCUCUUCCCACGAUGUUCUUGAAACACCUUCAGUGCUUGGCACCAUGAACUCUGCUCCCAGUGCUGGGCACAGCCACUACAUGGAUCCAGUCUCACAUGCACAACACAGCCCAGGCAGGACACAUGAGCAGCACCAGCAGGGAGGAGCUGCACAAGAAGCCAGAAGACUGUGUGCUUCAUGAGAGCACAACGUGGGGAGAAACUGGUAACAGAGGUGGAGAGGUGGGAGCUGCACUGAGCAUUCAUCCCAGCUCAAGGCCUCCCUCACGUAUCUCCAUUGUGAAUCUCAGGAGAAAGUGCCUUUGAAGGCUUGCAACCAGCCCCCCAAAACAAUGACAAUGAGAAAAGUUCUUCCUGCAUCCAACUAUUUUUAUUGUACUUUUAACGUACACACAGCAGAUAUAUUUCCUGCUACGGAUUUUUCCUAAGCUGGUUGCCAAACAUGUAGAAUAUUGUAGCCUUGGGGCUCGACUAGAUCUUACCUUUUUUUAUUAUUCAACUCACAAAACAGGAGAGCCCUUAAAAGAGAGGUUGCGAGCAGGUAUCCUGGCUCAGUGCGUUGCUUGCUGCCAGCCUUUGCCUGUGGAUUCUGUUCACUGAAAUGCUUCUCAUGUGAUUCCCAGUGGGUUUCAAAGCGUACGAUGAGAAUACUUUUAUCUUUAUUACCUCCCUCCUACCAUUCAAAAUCUCCCAGUUGCUUUCUCUUUCUUUCCUGAAUAAAGCUGGAACUUUAUAAAUCACUAUGUGAAGAGAAAUACCAAGAGAGAAAUAAAGACCAAUAUUGAUAGAGUGCAGCAAUUUCAGGGGAAAAAAAUAUUCGCAAUCAUCUGGCUAAGAGAAAAGAGCAAAAUUAGAUUACUUAUGUCUGACUUCAGUUUCUGAUACUGUUUUUUUCUGUUUUCAGUUUCUGAUACUGAUAUUGGAAAACCUGUUAAGCCCUCAGGAGCAGAUCCAUUGGCCUCUGCCACAAACCUUAACAGGCUCCACAGAGAAAAAAAGGCAAAUGCAAUAGUUCCAGAAUUACCGUACCCAGUUAAGUGCUGUGGGUACCAUAGCACUCUUCAAAUGCAAGCAUACAUUUCUUCUUUCUCUUUAAGAAAAGAGCUAGAAAAGCUAAGGCUGUAUUCUGGGGCUGUUAAAGAACACUGAAGUUGUUAUGGUUCAGUCAAACCCCACUCCUAACCGUGUCCGGAGAUAUACAACACUGGAUUAAGUCAGCAGUGACUAGUGAUGUAGGGAUGAGCUAGAAAGGCCCAAUUCAGUGACAGCAAGAACCAGUUUACCUGCCUGAGAAGCAAAACAUCUCAAGCUGACCAGUCAUGCGUUAUCAACAACCAAAACCCACUCUUGAAAAUUCACCACCUCCCCAAAUUUUCUGUGCUCAAACAGCUGACACCACUUGUGAGGGAAGUGGACUUGGUUCAGUCAAAAAACAGGGUGGCGAGUCGAUUUUUUUCUCUCCAAAUCUCUGUUAAAACACUCAUCUAUAUUUGAAAUCUCUAAAUCAUACACUGGAUUAAUAAGCGUACCUGUUCAUGUGCUUAAGCAGAGCAUAAGGAAGCCACACAAUUAGCACACCAAGCUGAUGAGAGAACUGAAUUGAUAUACCUGUGACGCCCUCCCAGAACAGUUCAUUCUGGUUUGGGUACUGCUACCAGCAACGAGGCAUCCUUGUGUCCAAGGCGAAAACACAGCUUGCUCCCACACUGUGAAUCAAAUGAUGGGCAGAUUUAAAUAAUGUCAUGGGGCAUAAACCUCCAGAUCCCACUCCUUUGCUCUCAUCUCCUUCUUGCAAAGAAUUUUACAUCUUAAUCAUUAAUUGCUCUUAGGUAAUGUAAGAAAAAAGGCAGACGUCUGAAGAGUAGUUUAAAAAUGAGGUAGCCAUGUAACUUAAUCUAACAUGUUUUUGAAGUUUUUGAUCAAAACUAAUCCCAAAAGAGCCCUGGGAAUCUCAGCUCUUGACUUCCCUGGCAAUUGAUGCUUAGUUGUGAGCCAUGGAAAUACCCAUAUGACAGCGUAAAUAUCACCUGGUCUCCUGGCAAUUCCCAUCACUCACUCCUUGACACCUAAUGUCAACCAGGCUUAUGCAAGUAACUUCACAGAGCAGCACUCCUCUCGUAGACUGACCAUGGGACUUUCACUCGGGUAAAGACAAGCAAAGUUAGGGGUCUACUUCUAGUAACAAUAACACAGCUGCAUGCUGUUAAAGCAGUUGGUGGUUAAGUGAGAACUAAUAAAUAACGGUAUGUCCUGCCUGUUGCAGUGGAAUGCAAUAGCGGGAGGGGGGGCGGGGGGAGCAGGCAGAGCUGACAGCACUCGGGAGACUUCGUUUGCAUUACCCAAAGGUCAAGAAUCACAGCCACAGUUUACAGCUUCAGUAUGCCAGUAUCACUUUUAAAAUGAGAUCCCCUGUAGUAUGAGAAACAUCGUGAUGAACUAGCCAAGAGGAUUCCUGUUUUCUACCACGGAUAUCUCCAAACCUGGGCCAUAAUGUCACUUGUUCCAAACAAUCUUUUGCAUCAGGACCUUUAAAAAUAUGGAAUAACAAUAUAGCUGAGCAUGACUUUGACGGAGGCAUUGAAGAUAUGCUAGUUGCUUUAGCUAAUUGAUAGAUUUUAAAAGAUGCAGUAUUUGCCUAAUACAAGGUAUUUCCCCCACUGAAUAUUUAAAAAAAUCUUUACAGUAAAAUACUUAAAAAAUACUGAGAUAGGCCUGUUUCCUCAGAUCUAAGCCUGAUCCUGAAUUACAACACUUCAAAGCAAAUAAUGAAAUAUUGUAUUUAUUUUAUACAUAAACUGUUUUUUUCUGCAUUUUCUCUUUCUAUAUGUAGGUUUUACUGUGUUUGAAUGUUUCCUAAAACUUCCUGUCUGUUUACUGCUCCUUCCUUGAAUUAUGAUUUCGGAAACUAAGACUAUUCUUUUUUUAAGUUGCAAGACUUAAAAUAUAAUGACAAUAAUUAUCAACUCUGUUCAGAGUUAAAUGUAAACUUUCAACGAUCCUUAAAAAACCUGUGGUUGGUCAACUAUAUGCAUCAAUGGCACAACCAUAUGGUUUAUACUCUGUAUUGUCAGAUCUUAAAUAAAACUUGUAGAUUGUAAAGUUAAUAAAGGAGAACAAAGAGGUGCACACCUGGUAAUACCUGGAAGUAAAUGCACUUUAAACAGACCAAUGAUGAAGCCAACACUCAAAGUUAUUCAUUCAGAUCUGCUCUGUACUGCUCUAAUUAACCAGAACACACUGUCUCUGAAAGGAAAAAUCUUCAGAAAACUGAAAAUUCUUUUUUCCUCUCCUAUUUGCCACCUUCAAAUCUGAGAAACAGAUUACAAAACCAAUAAACAGAAGCAUGCAGUUAAUUUUAACAGAAAAAAAAAUGAAAACCAUAACAUAUGGGAACACUGCCUUAUUAAUAGGUGGAGGAUGGAGAUUGGAUUAUACCUCUUAUCUCUUGUUCUGUAAUAUAUAAUUUGUCUAUACCAAAUUGUGCUUUUAGUUGGUUUUUUUUUUUUCAUUUGUUAUUUCUUCCUUGUAGAUGUUUAAAAUACAUCUAUCAUCUAUCACAUUACAUCUAGGUGUCUGAUUUCAGGUUCUCCUAUUCUGGUAUGGCUCCCGUCCGUCUCAUAUUGCAAAGUUAUGUGAAGACUUUAAAUUCCUCUUGUCCAAUGUUCUGCUCAGGGACAGGUUUCAGUAGCAGCCAAUACUGUCAUAUUGUUGAAGCCAUAAAACUAUUUCUUGGUAAGCUGUAAACUAAGAUAUGUGAGCAAGUUGGAACCUUAAAGUUAAAUUGCUCAUAAUAUUAAAUAAUUUUCUUAUCAGAAAAAGGUAACCAUUCACUGACAAAGAGAUAUGAUCAAUAUAAACUUGGAUAGCAACAUAUUUAUAGGUAGCUUUUAAAGGCUAUCUCAUUUUCAGGAUCUUCAGAAAUUUCCUCAUAAUGCAAACGGCACUGAAUGCCUAAUGCAAAUGAUUUCCUGCAGAUGUCUGCUUACACUUUUAAAUGAAAUCGCUUCAUUACUGCUUGUUAACUUGUUUCUGUUCACUCCCUACAGACAUUCAGAUACAAGACUUAUUAAUGCUUGAAGGUACAAUGGGACUAAAAGCAUCUGAACUUACAUUCACUUUCUUUUCCCCUAUAAAUUUGAUUAAACUGCAUGGAUUCCUUGCAGGCAUCUAGCUCCCAAGGAAAGCCGUGGGUACUAUAUGCAAAAGUAGGAAGAGAGUGUCAAAUGCUUUGAGGCUUUACAUCCUGAUCUUAGUUUUCUUCUUCUGUAAAGUGAAGACAACUUUAGAAGAGUAAGAUAUUCAAGACAGCAAGGAGUUUUGUCACGUCAGUAGCAGGGCUUGUAUAGGAACUUGAAGAUAGAUGUAUGCAUUUGCAUCCUGAGUUGGGUUUCUCUCAGCUCUAGCAGCCAGGUCUCUCUGCCAGACUGCGACAUGCUGAAUUCUCAUCUUCAGCCAGUUCUACAGGGCUGUUUUCUAUUAUUUGGCUGGCUUGCACUCAAGUCCGUCUCACCUAGAGCGAGAGGAGCUCUGGGGCUAUGCUCUACAAUUCUUUACAGCUGCUGCUACUGGAUAGUGGGUCUUCCCUCUCCUCCCGUUACCCUUCCACAACUAGGAGUCUUUCAACCCUGACUCUGACUAGGGCUUUGCUGGGUUCUUCACAAAGCAGAGCUGUCAUGAUAGCUCAUGAAUAAGCCCUGAUCUCUCAUAUUGUUGAACACUGAAAUGACACAUAAUGAAAUGUAGAUUCAAGACUCCCUUUUAAUUACAUAGGGAUAGUUUUCUCAGUACAACAGAAUUUCACCAAAAAAAGACUAUGGCUAUAUACAGGAUGCAAUCACAACAAAUGGCACCAAUGAAAGCAUAGACUGCCUUCUGUUAAUGGCCGGCCAGAGAGGACCCAGUAGUCCAAAGGCUCAGGAGCGGUCACUUUCUCAGGACUUAGACACCUGGAUUGUACAUGAAACUGCAUGCUGAACGGGACACAGCUGCUCGUUACUGUUGCUAGAAGUGUUAUGUUUGACGUGAACUCCAAAAAUAAGGAAAUCCAGAACUCUAACCCUAUGGCCAGGUUUUCUGUCAUCACUGGCAACAUAUGAUGUUCUUACACAGCAUACUUUAACAGCAUCAUGAUGAAAAGAAAAUUCAGUCUUAAGGUUCCUAUCGAUAAUAGCAGCUGGUAAUACUUUACAUGAAACACAGCUUGUUCUUGUUAUUCACCGCUAACUCUGAGGAGGAAGAUAGCAUCUUGCAUAGACUUACAAUUGGUUGAAAAUUAAAUUCCAUGUUUUAAGGCAUCAAAAACAUUGAAUAACUUAUUUCAAUGUCUGACAAAGUAAAGUAAUGGAUGAAGGAUAUGGUCCUACUUUUAAAAUAAGCAUCCUUAAAAAAAAAAAAAAAGACAAACUGGUCUCCCAGAGGCCGUUAAUAUUUCGCAGCAUGACAGAAAAUAAAAGAAUUUUAAAAUAGUACAUAACUAUACAAAGAAUAAUCCAUUGAGGGGGGAAAGAAACCUUCCACACAACAAAAACAUCCCAAUUUUUACCACUGUCAUUGGUGGCCUCUCAGCUGGUCCUUCAUAACUUUGGAUUUAGGAAAUCAGAGCUAUUAAGUGAAAUGCAGCAACUGAAAAACAACAACAAGGUCCUAGGAACAUGUACAGUCUUGUCUAGAGGUUCAGAUAGAUUAAAAUCCCAGAACUGUAGGCAGCCAGGUGCAAGGAAAAGGGAGUUUACAACUUUCAAAUGAAGCAUCGAUCCUGCUCAUCUAUUUACUUUCUCCAGUUGCUAUAUCUCCUAUAUACCUUCUGCAAGAAAUGGUCUCUCAACUCUGACUUCAAGCACGGUUUUUAAACUUGUGAAAGCCCACGACACAGUCAGUCUCACCACGCCUUGCUGUGCAUUGGAGUAUACUUUGUGACCCUGUCAGGUACGGAAGACACAUAGAAAACAUGGUCCAUACUCAGGCCACCUAAAACAUACCUGUCCCCUAAGGGCUGGCUUUUUAAGUGCCAGUAGGGAGAUUAGGCACAGAAAUUUAGGUGUAGCCUUGGCCUGUUAUUCCACUAAGAAUUAAAAUUAAAAGCUAUGAAGUAAUAAAUUCUAUUUUUAAUGCAGUAAAACAUUUGUAAAGUAUGCAGCCCUCCAAGUAUGAAUCUCAGUGGAUGACUCAGGAAUUAUUUAUACUUCUCUUAUGAUUAACUUCUUGCUGGCAACAUCAUAUAAAAUAAGGCACCAUUCAACACUUUCAAGGCAACAUCAUUGUACACCUUAAAAUUAAGCAUCAUAAAUAUAGUUAUCCUCAGAAUAAUUACAUUAAAGUUUCACUGGCACUUUGGAGAAGCCUGUGAUGUUAUAACUUCAGCUUAAAAUAGUGACCACUUUAAACAUUUGUUUAACAUAUUGUCAUGCAAGAUGGAUUUAACAGUAGUUUAGAUCUGUAAUCUGGGCGUUUUUCAUUAGUCUGUAACUUUUUGUUGUCAUUUAUUUAAACUAUGUAAACAUUAGGUCUGUAGAACUAUGACCAGUACACCGAGGUCAAGUCCAUUAAAAAAAAAAAAAAAAAAAGAGGCUCUUUAUUAACAAGUUCUUUGAAAUGUGCUGUAAUUUCCAAACAUUCCUCAAGAAUGCAAUUCUUUUCUAAUGCCAUGACUUUCAAAACAACUUCUUGCAAAGACUGCAUGAAAGUAAAAGUGUUCAAGAACCUCAACUGUAAUUACAGUAAUAAACCUAGCAGAGGCCUUUGUAAAAAGGACAGUUACAAACAAUUUUGAUUUUACAAAUUACAUUAAACCAAACUUAAUGUGUUGGGUUUUGGUUUUUUUUUUUUUUUUUUUUUUUUUUUUUUUUUUUUUUUUUUUUUUUUUACAGCAAAGUAGCAGUCUUUGGAAGAUCACAGAAUCACAGGAUGGUUGAGGUUGGAAGGGACCAAUGGAGGUCAUCUGGUCCAACCCUCAAAGAUAGGCAAAAGCAGCAGAUGCUACACCUCUUGAUACUGAUCAGGUGUUGGGGUCUUUUUUUUUUUUUUUUUUUUUUUAAAUUUUUAUGCCAUAUGCAAAAUUCAUUGAAAUAGUACAAAUUUAACUGGAAAUCCACAUAAAAAUAAAUAGCAAUAUCUCUCUAUCAAAUUGAGUGUUCUUAUUAACUGAGUCUACUUUAUAAUUACCUGCUAUUUUCAAUUGUGAUUCCAAACGUGGACUAGAUGGGACAUCUAUGAAAUAUGAAUCAAAUUGCAAGAACACUGGAACAGGGAUUAAAAAUCAAAUUGGUCAUGACAAAUUGAAAAACUUAUCUGAACCAAUUAGAACACAAAUAACAACAAAGAUGGUCACAUAUGAAGGAACAGUCAGCUCUGUGAAUACAUACAGCUAUUCAGCAGGAAAGUCUUCGGCAACUUUGGGGAUUACAAGUAGAAUAUGAACGAGGAGCACAACGUACAAGACAUCUGUUCCUUUUCCGCACCAUGGCAAACAAACCAGAAUACCAUCACCAUUCUGGGCAUCGCACUUGAGGAAAGAUGCAGACCUAGUGUACGUUGCCCAGAAGCUGGCAAGAGUGUGAUGAAGGAUCACAAAAACACAAGAAAAGUCCGGAAGGAAGAUUGAGGAGGAGUACAGCAGUCUUCACAAAGAAAGGCUGCCUCAGAAAGGGUAGGGAUUUGUCUGUUCUUGGCAGCGACAGGGCCUUAAGGUGCUGUGACAUAGGUGAAGGUUAAAAAUGAUUUAUUUAAGCCAGUUAACCCCUGGAAUAGAUUGUCUAGGCAGAGUGGGGAGUAUGUACUGCUGGUAGUCGUUAAGAACAGGUAAACCAGGAACCUGAACACAUGCAGGUAGAGCUGAUCCUACCUUACAACAGGCAUCCCUGUUGGCCUUACAGUCCAUGACUGUCUUUCCACAGUUACUUAAGUUUCACUGCACUCCUUCCCUGGCCUCACCUCCUGCCUCUGUAUUUAGCUUUCAUCUCAUUCCUAAAGCCCUGACCACCCCUAUACUCAAGAAAUCACAUGGAAUGAUAUAAUGAGCUGCUGUCAUACUCCUGUUCGCAUAUGUAUUAUUCUCUUCUUUCACUUGCAUCUUCUUUGUAUCUUAGGGAACAUACACCACCCUGUGAGCAUGCAUGCAUGAGUAUAUGUACUUUUUAUACACAAGAAGCUCCCAUUCCUGAUUAGCCUUAAAAUGCCACCAAAAUAAAUGUUUGUAAUACAUGCUUCUUAAUCAAGUUGCAUCACAAUGUCUUUUCACAGUUAUGAUGCAGUUGGUAGUAACCAAGAUCGUACAGUCCACAGAGGCGACACAUUUCUUUCUAAAAUAAAUACAUGAAGAAAUACCUAAUAGCAACACUAACUUACAUUAUAUCAUCAGUUUUGAAGAGGCAAUGACCCCACAGAUUAAUGAGGAAUUCUGCCUAGAAGUCAAAGGUAUGAUAUAGUCUUACAUUAUUAAACAAGAGCUAGAUAUGAUAUAACCUACUUCAAAGAGCUCGGCCUUUAAUAGAGAGAAGGCGGCAGAAUACCAAGAGUCCAUAUUUAUCUCUGACGUAACACCAACGAAGCCAGCAGAAUUCCUUGAAGUUCAGUAUGCCUCAGAGCACCGUAUGGCAAGUGUCGCAGGUCACCCUGUAAGCUGCAAGGUAUGGAUGGAAAAAGCAAUGACAUCUUGCGUUCCUAUUUAGGAAAUAUACUAAGAAAUGAAGUAUCACAGGAUGGUAUCUCAGAAAAUGUCUGCUUAUUAUUAUCUAACAAUUGAUGUAUCAAUUCACUAAAAAAUUUUACAAAUUCAAGUAUGAACACACUCCAGGAAACUGAAUUUUUUCUAUAUUGUAUGUAGUAAACAUAAUUAUGCUGUAAGUAAUACAUAGGCAAACACCAAGUUUUAUAUACAACUGUCUUGAAAAGCAGUCAGGAAUUAAAUGGGUUAUACUUUAUUCUUUCAAAAUCCUAAAACUAUGAGAUCAGUCAUCCAUCUGAUCGAGUCAGACUUACCAUAUUAAUCCCCAGACUAGAGAGAGUGACUCCUUCAUCCUUAGCACUGACACCAAACACGAUAGUGUUCCCAGACCCCCCUGAAGGUAUGUUCUAAAUAGAUGGACAUUAAUAGAUAAUGACUGGGAACAGAGCACAUAAACACCUUUUAAAAAAUUAACAAAGCUGAAUUUCCUUGGACAUAUGAGCAGUAAGAAGAAUUCACCUAGCACCUUUGUAGAAAAUGCAUCUAAAAAAUUCUCAUUCAUAGCCUGCUUCUGGUUUUACACUCCUUGACGUGGACCGCUAUUUACUUGUGAUGAUGAGGAGUCUCUACUCUGGCCAAAGCUGUUAGCAACUGCCAGCACUUCACAUUUAUCAGAUUCAUACACUCCGUUCAGUACAUCUAACCCAAGUUCUGCACUUCUAGAAGAACAAGACCCUUGGCAAUAAAUUGAGAACUGAACAGCCCCAGGCAAGGGGGCACUAAAGGAGCUGUUAAUUUCCCACUAUUUGCAGCACAGGUCUGUGUCACCCUGUUUGCAUCAUGCAUCAUUCAUCUGCUGUGAUGAAAUGCAACCCUGCGUUUUAAAAAAAGACCUCCGUAACACUGAGGAUACUGUAUCUUUGUGAGAAGUGUUUCACAUAUUUUCCAUGGGCACAAACUGCUCCUGCUGCUAUUUAAAUCUCUGUCGCUCUCUUCAGAGGGCAUUAUUCACUUCAGGAAGUUCAUUCAGAAGGUGCUUAGCAUAAGAAGGGGAAAAGCCAGCAUGGCAGCAGACAGCAACAUGGCUCCUGAAGGAAAGCCGGGUACUACUCCUGGGAAAAGGGCUGUCCACAAGAUCCGAAUGGCCAGCCUAGUCUUCAGCUUGGCGCGAGGCUGGCAGCAGUGGGUAUCUGACCACCACGUAAAGCAAGCCCAGGAGCCCCCUGGAUGGGCCCCCCCUGCAGAAGAUUCAUCAGCUCAGCCUGCACAAGAAAGAUCCUAUGAGAAAUGGACAAUUCCAUCUGUCAAGAGGGACCAAGGAAAAGGUGACGAAAAAUCCAUAGCAAAGGAAUCUGUGACGAUAAGAGAUGCUGAAAAAAAUUCAAGGGAAUCAGAUGAAGCCCUCAAGAAGUUCAGCAUUAAAAGCAAAGAGGUGACAAAAACAGUUGUAAGCAAAGCCUAUGAACGAGGAGGGGAUGUUAGCCUCCUCAGUGAAAGAUAUGAGAAUAGCAGCUCCGAGACAGCCAAGCUCAAAGAAGAAUCAAGUGCUAUUGAUAAAAUUCUUAGUGACAAAUUAUCUCCAACGAUAAGGAGAAAGUGUUCAAACAUGGUAUCAGAGUUGACCAAGGGCUGGAAACAGAUGGAACAAGAGGACAAAGAGGGGGCUAAGGAAGAACUGCUGCUUAAGUCUCAUGAUGGCAGCCUGGAUGCAGAAGACAGUGGCUAUGGGGAAGCAGAGGACAAACUUGAGCAAGAAGAUAGUGACCAAGAGGUGACAGCUGUGAGGAUUAAACGACCUGUGCCAUCUUUAGCAAGCAGGCUUAGUGAAGCAGCGCGCACCAAAGCGCAGAGGAAGUACAGCCCUGUUAAUAGCCUGAAGGACAGAUGGCAAGAAUGGGCCGACCAGCACAUCAUAACGCAGAAGCUGAAUCCCUUCAGCGAGGAAUUUGACCACGAGCUGGCCAUGUCCACGCGCCUGCACAAAGGUGAUGAAGGCUAUGGCCGUCCAAAGGAAGGAACCAAAACUGCUGAAAGAGCCAAGAGAGCCGAGGCCCAUAUCCACCGAGAGAUCAGGGAUAUGUGCUUCAUCAUUGAAUCGAUGGCUAAGCCACGGCCCGACGGCAAGAUCCAAGUCACUUUUGGGGAACUCUUUGAGAGAUACGUUCGUAUUUCAGAUAAGGUUGUUGGAAUCCUUAUGAGAGCCAGGAAACAUGGCCUGGUGCACUUUGAGGGAGAAAUGUUAUGGCAAGGAAGGGAUGAUAAUGUCAUAAUUACUUUACUGAAAUAAGCAUGCUACAACAAGAAAAACUUGUUUUGGAAAACCUUUUUCCACUACUCCCUUGCUAUUAGCGCUUGCACGCUGAAUAUGAGAUCCCCCCUGUGCACCCACACAGAAAAGACAUUGCUUUUCUAACUACUGCAUGAUAAUGCAAGCAUCUGAAUGGAUUUUUCUCUGUACCAGGAGGCCUUGCAGGACACCUCAGUUAAUUACUACAUGAAAUAUAAAGAGAAAUUCUAUACUGAAUAUAAGCAGCUGUUUAUAAUAAAUAGCUAUAAAAGAAUUCUGAUUUUUACUUGUUCUUAUAUUCAAGAUCUUCCCAACUACUUAAACUGGGAUGUCAGGAAUACAAACUAUGCCAGAUCAGAAGCUGAAUGACAGUGUAAGCUGAGACCAAGUUUUUAAUCUGUGAAAGUGAUCUUGUGCACUUAUUUCCUAACUAAUUUAUUUAAACACAUGUAAAAGUCGUUUUAUUUGAACACAGAAUCAAGGAUACCGUAUUUGUUUCCUUUACAAGCAGGACGUGAAACU